AUGGCUAAGCUCGAGCCCUACAAACAUGGAUAUUAUCUCUGGCAAUAUCUGCCUUCGCUGGCUGCCGCCGUAAUAUUCGCUAUCUUCUUCACGGCCGCGACAGUGCUACACUUUAUCAAAUUGGUCAAAUGGAGGGCCCGUUUCUGCAUCCCCUUUGCAAUCGGCGGAAUAUUCGAAGUCAUCGGCUGCGCUGCCCGGGCGUGGGCGCACUUCGAAUCCGGCAGUAUCAUGCCUUGCUCGAUUCAGAACGUCUUCCUCCUGCUCGGACCGGUCUUGUUUGCAGCGUCAGUAUACAUGGUGCUGGGCCGCAUCAUCCGCAGCACCGGGGCCGAGCAUCACUCCUUGAUCCCGAUGCGCUGGCUCACCAGGACUUUCGUGAUGGGCGAUGUGGUUUCCUUCCUCGUUCAAGGAGGCGCCGCGGGAUUGAUGGCCUCCGGGAGCAAUGCACAACUCGGCCAGGACAUCGUGGUGGCGGGCCUGCUCAUCCAGGUCUUCAUGUUCGCCUUUUUCAUCAUCACAGCCAUGGUGUUUCAAAUCCGUCUACGGCGGCAUCCAACCCCCGGAGCCCGCGAUCCCCGCCUCCACUGGCGAGAUCACCUUCAUCUCUUGUAUGGGGUGAGCCUGCUGAUCAUGAUCCGCUCCUUGUUUCGGGUGGCCGAAUUUACGAUGGGAAGUACGGGUUAUCCCCUCACACACGAGUGGACCUUGUACAUUUUCGACGCUCUUCUAAUGUGGCUAGCUAUGGUCGCCUGGCUGAUUUGGUAUCCGGGGUUACUUUCCAAGCCCGAUAUGGCAAUGGAAUUGCUGAAUCAGAGCAACUUGGACGAUGAAUAA